UUGUGGAAAUUAAUAUGGAUCGUAAAUUUUUUUGGAUUAUUGUUGCGACUUGGCUUGUGGCUGUUACCGCUUUUUCAGUUUAUGAUGGAGAUUUGGAUGAAGAUUACGAAGAACAGAGUGACAGAAAAGGGAAAAUAUUGUUUCCAUUCGUGAGCAUAGUUCGUUUCGCAAACACUGACUGUUCGAGUACAAAUACAAUGAACGGCACUUGCUUAGCGCGCAGAGAGUGCAACAACCUCAACGGCACUAUAACAGGCACUUGCGCAUCGAGGAGAGGAAGGUGCUGCAUUGUAUCGAGGACAUGUGGUAGUACAACAAACGUGAAUAACACAUACUUCACGAGCCCCGGAUACCCGGGUGCUUACGCCGGCGGACAGACUUGUACUCUCAUCGUCAAUCGAUGCAACUCAAACGUCUGCCAGCUACGUAUCGACUUCUUAGACAUGGUGCUCGCUCAGCCGAACGGUGACGGUGUCUGCUUGACUGAUGCAGUGACAAUCACCGGUGGUAACACCAUAGUGCCUACUAUCUGCGGUGAUAACACCGGUCAGACGCUCUUCGUCGACUUCAACCAAGACGCAGCAAUUACUAUCACUAUUACAGCCACAUUAGCUACGACAUUUUCAAGGAGGUGGAACAUGAGAUUAACUCAGCUCGGAUGCGAUUGCCCGGGAAUAGCUCCCAACGGAUGCUUACAGUAUUACACAGGUCUAACAGGAACUAUUAACAGCUUCAAUUAUGGAACAACGCCGAACACAGCGCUCAGCGCUUCUCUUGUUACCGGUACCCGACAGAUUGCGAAUUUGAAUUACGGCAUAUGCAUCCGUAUGGAAGCUGGCUAUUGUGCGAUACAAUAUUCUCAGGCGGCUAACGACAUUUACUCAUUCACGGUAACCGGCGAUGUGGACGGCGCAGACAAUACAGUACUGGGGACCGCAGUGGGUGCUGUCAACGGUGCCGCAUGCACCACGGACUUCGUUGUAAUACCAAACCCAACGGUGGUCGCCACUGGAGUUACAGCGGGCACCGAUCGCUUUUGCGGCCUCGGAUUUGUACCGGUUCAAAGUGGAGCAAAGCCUUUUGUACUAUACGUCGUGACGGACGCAAACGAAGGGGCGACAGCAACAACUCCCCCUGACGUCUCUAACAGAGGAUUUUCACUCGCUUACACACAAGUUGCCUGCUAACGUCACUCAAGAACAAAGAAUCAAGAAUAGUAGAAAUCAAUAAAUAUAGUUUAGACGGAUACUAGGCAUAGUAAUCAACAUGUUACUUGAAAAGAGGACAUAAAAUGAACCUUUUUACUUCGUUCUAUACUUUUUGUUCUCUUUUUAACUACU